AUGAUUCUGGACAGCGAGGAAGAAUUCACCUUUUCCUCAGAGGAAGAUUGUAACUCGGACGAGGAACGGCUGCAUUUUGAAGAACGAAUUGAUCCCGCCGAGGAUACAAGCUCGAAGAAUGUGUCUGCAUCAUGCUCUCCUUCGCCAGCACCUCGCAGAGGGACACGCAGGUGUCGUUCAGUUCUCAGUGCGAUCGAGAAUCAUACUGAAUGUGACAAUGAACACGUCCAUCCACCAGUUCCGAAGAGAGCCAAGGCAAACAAGCAGGCAAGCAACAGGCAGUCCACUCUAUCAUGGAAAACAGAGACUGAUGUUGACAUGGUUCCACAGACACUGCGAUUCCUUCCUGCACGGGAAACUGGACCGCAACUGAGCUCUGUAGACUCGCAUUCGCCCAUGAGUCUAUUCAAACUAUUUUUUUCAGAAAGUGCUGUGUCAACUCUGUGCCACAACACCAAUGCCCAAGCUGCCAAGGCAACUGCAAAGGGUUGCAAAUACAAAUGGACAGAUGUCAGCAUCAGUGAGAUGUACCGCUACAUUGGGCUGCUGUUUUACAUGGCAAUGGUGAAGGUCAGCUCCAUCAGAGACUACUGGCGGCAAAGCAGGGUUUUCUCCGUACCCUUUCCAGCCACAGUUAUGUCCAGGGACAGAUACCGCACCAUUUCAUGGAAUGUGCACAUGAGUCACCCAGAUGCAGAUAAGGAGAAUGACAGGAAGAGGGGCACACCUGAACAUGACCGUCUUUUCAGGAUCAAACCUCUCAUGGACACCAUUCGUCAUGCUUGUAAAGCCAUCUAUCAUCCUAAAAGAAACUUAGCUGUGGAUGAAAGAAUGGUGGCAUGCAAAGCACACACAGGUAUGACACAGUACAUGAAAGCCAGGCCAACCAGGUGGGGUUUCAAGCUGUUUGUUCUUGCAGACUCAUCGAAUGGAUUCACUGUGGACUUUUCUGUAUACACAGGAAAGAACACCUUUCCCACAGGCCAUGGACUGUCAUAUGAUGCUGCUGCCUCACUUGAUGGGCCAUUAGCCAUUGGGAGAGUGUCUGUCACACCCCUGGUCUGA